AUGCCUCCGCCCACCAUCUCGCCCAUCGACGGACCGUCCGACUCUUUCCUGGCUUCGUCAAAGCGCAAGUCAACUGGAGCUGCCGCGUCCGACCACAAGCGUGCUAAGCUUACCGAUCCGUUCGAUCGAGAAGCCGCCAGGAUGAGUAAGGUGCUCGGGACGCAAUCUCGACCGGCGUUCCAACCGAACCACGGCGCAAAGAAACUGAUCAUCAGGAACCUCCGCACCGCUUCGCGAGCAGCCGAGCUCGAAAAGUACUACGAUAACUCGAGGAAGGAGUUGGUGGACGCGCUCCAUACCAUCUUCAAACAAAAGCCGCCCCGACAACCACUUGAGAAGCUUUACAGAGGCGUUGAGGAUAUCUGUCGACAUGGAGAGGGCGAUGACCUCCACGACAUGCUGCGGAGAGAAUGUCAAUCGUACUUGACUGGUCCUGUGUACAAGUCCGUCACAGAAGAGUGUGCUUCCUCCAAAAUAAACGCAUUGAAAUGCCUCCUCAAGUACUGGGGCAUCUGGAAUGGCCAGUUGAGAACUAUUCGUUCGAUAUUCAGUUUUCUCGAUCGAUCGUACCUACUCGGCAGUCGGGGUCUCGAACAAAUCAACGAUAUGGGCAUCACACUGUUCAGGGGAAUGGCCUACAAGCCUCCAACCGUUUCUAACAGCAGUGCGGUCAUGAGAUCGAUAGGUGGCAUAUUGGAGUUGAUCGAGUACGAUCGAAGAGGAGACAGUCGGUUCGAUGCUACCUUGCUACGCGACUCCAUAUCAAUGUUGCACAUCAUCAACUCAUACAACGAUUCCUUCGAGGGGCGCUUCUUGAAAUCAUCUAGUGCAUAUUUCAAGGAUUUUGCCGAAGAGCAGAGCACAGCGUCUCUAAAGUCGUAUAUCGCUGCGUGCGAAACCCUCCUGAGCCGGGAAGAUCACCGUUGCAACACCUACAACUUCGACAGUACAACAAAGCGGCAGCUGUUGAAUGAGGCGCAUUCGACACUGAUAGACAAUUACUCGGAGAAGCUACUUGACAGCGGAAGCAUUGGGAGGAUCAUAGAUGAGAACGCAGUCGAUCCCAUGAAAGCACUUUACGAUCUUCUAAGAUUGUCGAAUCUCCAGCAGAGACUGAAAGGGCCGUGGGAAGAAUACAUCAAAGGGGCAGGCUCGGAAAUCGUCAACGAUACCGUCAGGGGAGACGAGAUGGUAGUUCGACUGCUUGAGUUCAGAAGAGCCUUGGACGUCAUGGUUCGGGAUGCCUUCAACAAGAACGACGAAUUUCACCAUGGUCUAAGGCAGGCUUUUGACAGCUUCAUCAACGACAAGAAAGUCCUAUCUUCGUGGAAGACAGGCACCUCCAAGGUUGGCGAGAUGAUUGCGAAGUACAUCGAUAUGCUCCUCCGGGGUGGUCUCAAGACACUGCCGAAGUCGCUGAUGUCUGACGUCAAAGACCGGGUCGAUGCCGAAAAGAGUGGACAAGCGAGUACAGGCGACGAAGAUGCUGAGUUGGACCGUCAGCUGGACCAGGCGCUCGAAUUGUUCAGGUUUAUUGAAGGUAAAGAUGUCUUCGAGGCUUUCUACAAACAGGACUUGGCCCGAAGACUCCUCAUGGGACGCAGCGCGAGCGCGGAUGCCGAGAGGAGCAUGCUUGCAAAACUUAAGAGCGAAUGCGGCUCGAACUUUACCCACAACCUCGAGCAAAUGUUCAAGGAUCAGCAAAUUGGCCGUGACGAGAUGGCCUCAUACAAAGCUUGGCGCGAGGGAACUGGACGUGAUAAGAGCAGUCUGGAUCUGGCCGUGAACAUCCUAUCUGCGGCUGCUUGGCCAACGUAUCCGGAUACCCAGAUAACCCUACCCGAUGAGGUCGCAUCACAGCUAGAGCAGUUUGAUGCGUAUUAUGUUAACAAGUAUACGGGUAGACGGCUCACGUGGAAGCAUUCUCUUGCCCACUGCGUUGUCAAAGCACGUUUCAACAAGGCUCCGAAGGAGCUGCUUGUCAGCGCGUACCAGGCCGUCGUGUUGACUCUGUUCAACCAGGUUGACGACCAACCAGAUGGGUUCCUUGCCUACCAGCAGAUUGCUGAGUGUUCUGGCCUCAGCGGACCGGAUCUUGAUCGAACUCUGCAGUCACUAGCCUGUGGAAAAGUGCGCGUUCUCACAAAGCAUCCGAAGGGAAGAGAUGUCAAGCCCACAGAUACGUUUACUGUCAACAAGGCUUUUGCCGAUCCCAAAUACCGUGUCAAGAUCAACCAGAUCCAACUCAAGGAGACCAAGGAAGAGAACCAGGAGACGCAUAAGAAGGUCGCCCAGGACAGACAGUUCGAAACGCAAGCUGCAAUUGUUAGGAUCAUGAAGAGCCGCAAGACGUUGACUCAUGCCAAUCUCGUUGCCGAGGUCAUCAACCAGACGAAGAAGCGUGGUGCCGUCGAUACCUCGGAGAUCAAGAAGAACAUCGAGAAACUGAUCGAAAAGGAAUAUCUUGAACGGGACGGAAACUCCUACUCGUACCUUGCAUAG